AGUAAGAGUGGUGAGGGGUGGUGCCGAUAACGUAUACAGUUUACCUUAAUUGUGUGUGACAGAGAGGGAGCCAAAAAACGUACUUGUGGGUCCCACAGACAAGUGACGACACGCCAAAUUUACAUUUCCUCUCUAGGUCUUCUUUCUCUACAACUGACAGUCUGAAUUUGAAUCUAGAAGAUGAGCUUGUGACCUUUUUUUCAGAAUGAGCAUUUUUUUCUGUUAGUGUCUGUCUAACCACAGGAAACCGCUUCUUGUUCUCGCUGCUAGAGGAGGAUGUGCACAAACCCUGCGUCAGACUGCAAGUCUAGAAGAAAAGGGAAGAGAAAAGAAGAAAGUACAAAAUAACAAGGGGAGCUAAAAUAGGGAAAGGGGAAGGUUAUUCCGCUGCCUUUUCUUCUGAAAGCAUGUUCAAGGCGGUGAGCAGACUCAGUAGAAAACGUCCACCCUCAGAGAUUCAUGACAGCAAUUCUAAUCCUAGCAGCAGUCUCCAGAAUUUAUCAGGAACGGUACGGUGGACAGCUUCUUUGGAAAGUCUCUUAGAAGAUGAAGAAGGAGUAAAGAGAUUUAGGGAAUUUUUAAAGCGAGAGUUUAGUGAAGAAAAUGUUUUAUUUUGGAUAGCAUGUGAAGAAUUUAAGAAGAUUCAAGAUAUCAAACAGUUACACGAACGAGCAACCCAGAUCUAUAUGACCUUCUUGUCCAGCAAAUCACCAAACCAGGUUAAUGUGGAGGGCCAGUCUCGACUGAAUGAAAGCAUUCUUGAACACCCUCACCCUCUUAUGUUUGAAGCUCUUCAGGAACAGAUCUUUAACCUCAUGAAGUAUGACAGCUAUAAUCGUUUUCUGAAGUCAGACAUAUUCCUCAAGUGCAAAAAUAUGGAAGAAAGUGGAAGAAAUCCUUUAAAUGCAGAUGAAUCAGUUCCUAAAAGAGCUUCCAGGAUUUAUAAUAAUACAUGACUAGAAAUAACUCUAGAGCUUUCAUUUAGUGACAGAUAUUAGAUGCGAGCUUCACUAGUAAACAUUGAAAGUGUUGAGUUUUUUAUACAGUGUAUGUACAUUUUUUAUUGCUAAAAGUAGGAAUCCUUGAUAGGUAGACCUGUGUACAUGAAUUUUCCAGAUUUUUCCCCACAGAUUUUUUUGUAAUAUGAGGUAUGGUUGCCAGUCUAAAAUAAGAUUUUAAAAGUCUGAUUAAGUUUCUGUAUUAAAUUACUGAUCCUUAAGGAAAUGUUUGUCCCCUUAGUAAAUGCGGUGUGAAAUGCCUUGUAGAAUUAAGGGAUGUGAUAACUGAAGCAACUAUAAAAUAAAUAAUUAACAGUUUCAAAGUAGCAGGCCAUUUUGCAUGAUCAUUUUUAUUCUCAAGGAACACACCCUUUACGUAGUAAAUUAACAGCAGCACUAUUUAUGCAUAUUACUUAUUUUAAUAGCAGAAUGGUUUGAAAUUUGUACACAUGAAAAUAUAUAUAUUUUUUUCAUAUCGUGGUGCUUUGUGCAAAGGCUUUUCUUCUUGCACUAAUUUUAUUUGGAAAUGUCAGACUUGCAUGGUACUUUUGUGGAAUUAAUUCUGUAGCUCAUUCUGAUAAGUUGUAGUGUAUGUACAGUGUUAACAUUUUAGCUGUGAUCUAAUUCAUGCAAACGUGGGUUACAUCACUGCUAAAAACAGACAAGUGUGAGAAACGGAAUGGCAAAAGUCAGUCUUGUGACAACUUGCAUGUUCGUCAGGUUAAAUGAUCUUUCAUUCGGUACUGUAAUAAACAUCUGGUUAAUA